AUGGAAACAAAAGAAUAUGGUCCCCAACAACAUUCCCAGCUUUACUACAAUAACUACUACAAUGGAGGCCCAGAGCAAAAUGAACUGCAUCAAUCGAGCACGUCUGAACCAGGGGGUCCUCAAUUUAUCUUCGCCCCACUAUCAGAUCCCAGACCUCCACAGAAGGUGAACAAUGAAAGUGAAACGUCUCAGUCGGAUCUGCUUGUUACACCUAAAGGUACGUUUGCGCUGCAAGAUCCUACCUUGCUAUGUUUCUAAACUACAAUAACUAAGAGUGGAAUUUACUCUUUAACUAACUGUAGAUAAAAUGAUUUAGUAUUUGACUUGAGAAAAAGAUUAAGACUGCAGGAACUACACCUGUUUUCUCGGAAACGAACAGGGGGAGUAAGUGCGAAAUUGCAGAGCAACUUUAUAGCGCUUUUUACGCUUAAAAUAUCCCCAAGUUCUAGUUCAUGUAAGUGUAGCUCUAAUGGCUAAUAUUUGUGAUUAAUAUUUGUAACUGAUUUUAGUCUCCUGUGCAGUAUUUGCUUUUACAGGACUGUUUAUUUUGUCCAUUAGGCUGCGUGCAAACGGACGCAACAAAUCCCAACGUUGUUGCGCCAACAAUGCUGGGAGUUGUUGCAUGCGUGUUGGCAGCGGUGUGCAAACGGAUGCAACAACUCCCAACAACGUUGGGACCUGCAGUGCAUCGUGGGAAGGAUACAACCCAUAAGUCUUUGUAA